AUGCCAAUUCCACCGCUGACGCUAGCGCAGAUACUGGCCCACGCCGAGCAGAUUCAAAGCUUGAGAAAGUGUAAUCGUCGCGGUGCUCGCGAUCCUAGCAUACAGCUCUUCCCCACCUACCCCCAUGCUAGCAAUUACUAUGCCCGUGUGAAGCUUAUGCUAAAUCGCCCCUUCCGCAGUGAGGCAGAGCUACUAGAUGUGAACGGCCACCAGUUUAGCACGCACACUGAUGCCUACCAGUACUGUCUUGCUAACCAUCAGCAUCCACGUGACGCGAAUGGAGAGACCUUUCAGCCGGAGGAGCCUGAUCAAUCCCUUGAUGAUGAGCCUAUAGAGUACAUGCUACUAUUAUUUCGCCGCCUGUCGUGCCUUGCCGUUGUCCAGCUAUAG